UCGAAAGGUGUCGUCAUAAGACGAACGGAAUUGUGGGAAACGUCGAACUACUUCUUUGUUAAAUGUUAAAAGGAACAAAGCGGUUGUGUGAGAGUGAGGAACGUGCUAGGAGUAUGGAUCUGCGGUUUCGUUUUACUUUAUUUUACUUUAUGUACUGCGUUUGUAUUUAAUGUACGUGCUGUUAUUGCCAAAAGUGCUUUCAUCAGAGAGGAGACAAAGUGGUAAUACACCAUUGGGAGGGACCGUCUCCACAUAUUCGAUAAGACACUUCUAAAGCUCGAGGUUUCAGCUUCAUGUGCGCACAUUAAAGAAGGGACAUACACUGUGAUAAACAUUUUCAGUAAUUCGUGUACGCUGAUUAUCUUGUAUCAUGUUCUCGUAGCUGUAUAAGAACGAUAUGAAAAUGUUUAUACGACCCCUCUUUACGCUACCAAUCAUGGCGAAGGUGGUCACGUGGUGUGAGUCUUCGUGGCGUUUUAGGCUCUCAGCUGCUUGACUAGGCAGCUGUGGUUCGGUUGCAUGCAGUUUGCGAGUAGAUGAAGUGGUGGGUUUUCCAGUAUUUGGCCCCUAAGUGCAGUUUUUGUAUUACAUGUAGGAAGACCAUAGACCGAUAUUCGAAAUGACUAUAAUAGUUUUUCUAAUAGAUACCUCUGCAUCUAUGAAUCAGAGAGCAUAUUUGGGUGGACGCCCAACAUUGCUCGAUGUUGCUAAGGGAGCAGUAGAAACGUUCGUUAAGGUUCGUCAGAGAUCUCCUGAAAGUAGAGGCGAUAGAUACAUGUUAUUAACUUUUGAAGAUCCGCCCGCUAAUAUUAAGGCGGGUUGGAAAGAAAAUUUAGCUACGUUUAUGAACGAGCUGAAGAAUCUGCAGUGUGUUGGAAUGACGACGAUGGGUGCGGCUCUGAAACAUGCGUUUGAUGUCCUCAAUAUCAAUAGAAUGCAAACUGGUAUUGACACUUAUGGUCAGGGUCGCUGUCCGUACUUCCUCGAGCCGUCUGUCAUCGUCGUCAUCACGGACGGUGGGAAACUGUCAAAUAGUGCCGGGGUUCAGGAGGAUUUUAAUUUGCCAAUGCACUCGCCAAUACCUGGUUCGGAACUUACGCGCGAACCGUUCCGUUGGGACCAGCGACUGUUUUCGCUUGUUCUGCGACUUUCUGGAACGCCCGCGUUAGACCGUGACGUUGGACUGGUGCCAAGUGAUGGUUCUCCCAUUGAUGCAAUGUGUGAAGUCACUGGAGGGAGGUCGUAUUGCAUUACGUCACAUCGUAUGCUGAUGCAGUGCAUAGACAGUCUGGUGCAAAAAGUUCAAAGCGGAGUAGUGAUCAACUUCGAGAAAAUUGGUCCAGAUCCACCGCCAGUUACAUCUGAAGGAACAAAAUCUGAUUCAGAUGCGACUGCUGUUGAUAAUGAUUCAGAGGGUAAAGGAAAUGAUAAUGAAUCGGAUAAGGACUACAGUCUAUCAGCAGAAGAAGACAGCAUUAUAAGGAAUAAUGGGGCGCGUUUGAAUAAUGGUGUCCCGAGCAAUAACAUAGUUAGUUCCUUGUCAGCGGGUAAUAGUACAGCCUGGCACGCGUGUAGGCGCCUUAUUUAUGUGCCACGCUCAGCACAGAAGGGUUUUGCCGUUGGAUUCUGGCCUAUUCCAGAAUCAUUUUGGCCCGAUCUCAGUUCCUCGUCAUUGCCGCCACGCUCAGCACAUCCCAACGUGAAAUUCACAUGCACAAGUCAGGAACCGAUGGUAAUUGAGAAUCUGCCUUUUGACAAGUAUGAGAUGGAGCCAAGUCCCCUUACUCAGUUUAUCUUGGCUCGUAAACAACCCACAGUCUGUUGGCAGGUUUUCGUUGCAAACAGCUAUAAGAACUCAGAAGUGGGCCACCCAUUUGGAUAUCUGAAGGCCAGUACAAACUUGACGUGCGUGAAUCUGUUCGUGAUGCCGUACAACUAUCCAGUGCUGUUGCCUCUUCUGGAGGAGCUCUUCAAAGUCCAUCGCCUGAAACCUACCAGUGAAUGGCGUACCCAGUUCCAGAACUACUUGAGGACAAUGCCGGCAUAUUAUGCAGGGGCCCUGAGAAGAGCCCUGACGCGGAUGGGAGCUCAAGGUAGUCUGUCUCAGUCGCUCAUUCCAGACACUUUGGACAACUCCCUCAGCUACAGUGUCCUGAACUACUUGAAGCGCUUGAAGAAUCAGGCCAAAAUGGAGUUUGAUCGUCUGUGCAAUGAAGUGGGGAGUAAACCUCCACCUCUCUCCUCGGGCAGCAGCGGGAAGUCUGCUGGUGGAUCGUCCGCCAUAACGGAAGGAGUUAGAGUGUCACCCAGGUCCCCUCUCAAAAAAGACCUUGUUUCUCAUCCCUUACUACAAGAUAAGUUUACAUCCUUGCGGGAACAGCUGAAUGAGUUUGGUGGAUUUGUGGUUGGUUUGAUGCGUGGACAUUGCCAGAAGGGUAAGCAAAGUUACCGCAAUCCAUUUGACAUCCCGCGUCGUUGCCUACUGGAUCAAGUAGUGCGGAUGAGAGCAAAUUUUCUUCAGCCAGCGCUGUCUCACACAAAACUAGUAGAUGAUGACUUUGCACACAGCAUGCCAGUGAGCCAAAUGGGCAAUUACCAAGAGUACCUGAAACGUAUGCAGCCUCAGCUUCGCGAAAUCGAAUCGGCGCCUGUUCGACAGCAUAUGUUCGGAAAUCCGUUCAAAAUAGACAAGCGAAUGAUGGUAGACGAGGCCGAUAUCGAUCCAGUUGGUGGAGGAAGUGGAACGCACGGGGGCACCGGUGGUCACAGAAGUGGAACGAAACGUAACGCUUCUCAGAUGGACCCAUCUUCUCCACGACCCCCAAGUAAACGCAAACCUGGGCCAAUUCCACGACAUGUGGUUGUAAGAAGGCCAAAUUCACCAUCUCCCCCGUCAUCCCCCCUUCACUCUUCGAGUUCCUCACCUAGUCACAGUCCUGUGUGGUAUUCACCAGACCCACCUCCCCCUUUACUGAUCCCAGUCACUGCCAAUGGAACAUCCAUAGAAUCUGGCAGAGGGGAGGUACUAGUGACAGCCCCCGAUUCAGAAGGUUCAGAACCACCAAAGUUAACCAUGGUGAAUGGAGAUAUGGUUGACGGUAUUAUGUCUCAUGGUGGAUCCAUCGCAGAUUUUAGACCGCGAUCCCCAUCUCCACCGCCUCAAGAUUCAGCCCCACCCCAUUUAGAACCACUCUCCAAUCAUGUGACACAUUUCAACAGCUUGUCUCCUCCUCUGAGCCCUGCAAUGGGUAAUCAUGUUGAGAGCGAAGAUCGAAGGCUGUCUGUGGUUCUCGCCGAAAUCAGUAGUAACCAUGUUGGUGAUGGAAACCAAGCAAAUAUGACGGCAACUAGUGCCAUUCCUACAAACAUUGAGCUUAGUAAACAGGAAAUUGCAGAGAUAAAGAAACACAAUCUUCAUAACAUUAAAGGCGGUUUGGAUGUGCGAGUAACGUUGCUCAAAGAAAUCAUUCACGAAUCUUUAAGAUUCAAGCGUCAUUGUUUGGCUGGUAUGUUGGAAGACUUUCUGCAGACUACGAUAUCAGCCAGCAGUAGUCACAGUGCCAUUAAUAAUCAUCAUCCUCCAAGUAAUAAUGGGGUGACAGAGUUAACUUAG